AUGAAGUUUACUGACGGACUAUGGAGGCGGCCCACGGGCGUGCAGUUCCAAGGCGGCGUUGAGGUCGUCGAGGUGCUGCAGCACGACACGCGCGGGAUCGAGGCGCUCGUCGCAAUCCGCCAUGUCGCUUCGCGCGGGGACACGCUGAAUGGCUCGCUCAUCACGCUCAACGUCUCAUCGCCGAUGGACGACGUGAUCAAGGUCCGCAUUGAGCACCACCAGGGCGGGCGUGAGCGGGGUCCGCACUUCGAGCUCUUUCCUGACGGCGAGCCACCGGCGCCGAAGACGUCAGCCGCAAAGGGCGGAGACUCGCUGUCGUUCACCAGCGGCGCUCUCAAAGUCGACCUCAACACCGCGCCCUUCUCGUACGGCCUGACCUUCUCCGAUGCCUCCUCGGGGUCGGACAACUUCCUCUGCGCCGUCCAGCCGAAGGGGAGUGCGGUGGUCGACGUGCCCGCACACCUCACCCUCGGGAUGCAGUCCCAGAACGGCUGCCUCACCACGCUGCCGGAUACGAUGGUGCGCACGGACCACUUUGGUGUCGACGGCACGCUGAACCGCGGCCUUGUGCGGUUCAUGCUGAACGAGACGACGCUCUCGAUCGGGGAGAACAUCUACGGCCUCGGCGAGCGGUUCGGCCCCUUCAUCAAGAACGGCCAGGUCGUCGGCAUCUGGAACCAAGACGGUGGCACGUCGUCGGAGCAGACGUAUAAGAACAUUCCAUUCUUCCUGUCCUCAAAAGGCUACGGCAUGUUUGUCAACCACACCGAGGAGGUCGAGUUUGAGGUCGGUCGCGAGAAGUGCUCCAAGGUCGGGGUGAGCGUGCGGGGCGAGCGGCUCGAGUACUUCAUCAUUGGUGGCGGUUCGAUGAAGGCGGCCCUGCAGAACUAUGUGCGGAUGACAGGCCGCCCGGCGCUGCCCCCGGCGUGGACGUACGGCCUGUACCUCUCGACGUCGUUCACGACCUCGUACGACCAGAAGACUGUGUCUGGCUUCCUUGCCGGGAUGCGAGAGCGUAACUGCCCCGUGCGCGUGCUCCACCUCGACUGCUUCUGGAUGAAGCGGUACGACUGGUGCUCGUUCGACUUUGACCCCGACACGUUCCCCGACCCGGAGCGGUACAUUGCGGAUGUGAAGAAGGAGUACGGCGUCAAAGUGUGCGUGUGGAUCAACCCGUACAUCUCGCAGCGGGCCUCGAUCUUCAAAGAGGGCGCUGAGAAGGGAUACUUCCUCAAACGCAAGAACGGCGACGUCUGGCAGUGGGACGAGUGGCAGGCCGGCAAUGCCAUCGUCGACUUCACCAACCCCGCCGCGCACAAGUGGUACGCUGGGCUCGUGACCAAGCUGCUCGACAUGGGCGUCGACACGGUCAAGACCGACUUUGGCGAGCGUAUCCCGCAUCAGGACGUCGUGUACUUUGACGGCUCGGACCCGGCCAAGGCGCACAACUUCUACUCGUUCAUGUACAACAAGUGCGUGUUCGAGGCCGUCGAGGCCAAGUACGGCAAGAAUGAGGCGGCGCUGUUCGCGCGCUCCGCCACGGCGGGCGGGCAGAGGUUCCCCGUACACUGGGGAGGAGACUGCGAGUCGACGUUUGAGGCGAUGGGCGAGACGCUGCGCGGCGGGCUGUCGCUCGCGGCGUCGGGCUUCGCCUUCUGGUCGCACGAUAUCGGCGGGUUCGAGGGCCAUCCGCCGCCCGAAAUCUUCUGCCGCUGGGUCGCGUUCGGCCUCUUCUCGUCCCACUCGCGCCUGCACGGCUCCAACUCGUACCGUGUUCCUUGGAACUAUGGCGACGAAGCGACGGCCAUCACGGCCAAGAUGGUGCGCGCAAAGUGCCGCCUCAUGCCGUACAUCUACGCGCAGAGCAUCCUCGCGCACGAGAUCGGCACGCCCGUGAUGCGCGCCAUGGUGAUUGAGUUCCCCGAGGACCCGGCCUGUGCCUUCCUUGACAAGCAGUACAUGUUUGGAGACUCGCUGCUUGUCGCGCCGGUGUUCCACGCAUCAGAGGCCACGUUCUACAUCCCAGCUGGGAAGUGGACGUGCUUCUGGACUGGCGAGAUCAUCGAGGGCCCGAGGUACGUCAGCAAGAAGGACUACCCGCUCGACUCGAUCCCCGUCUACGUUCGCCCGAACAGUGUGCUCCUUCUUGGUCCCGAGGAUGUUGAGCUCCCCGACUACGAGUAUGGCAAGGCCGGACUCGAGGUGCGCACCUAUGAGCUUGAGGAGGAGGUCGAGGUCAAGGUACCCACCGGCAAGGGCGCGGCGUGGGCUGGCUCGGUCAAGGUCGCACCUGGGGGUAAGAUCACCGCUUCGGAGGUCAAGGUUAGGGCGUGA